CACUUGUCAGUUCACUAGUUGAACUUACAAAACGGUUCAAAGAAUGAAGCUUGAGGAGCUUUAGGUACGCAGUUCAAGAAUCAAGACUAGGCAAGAAAAUGAUAGUCAAUGGCAUAAAAUCCCCUCCCUCCUUACCGUUGAUCUUAGUACUUUUAGGCUUGAUCAGCACGAUCAACGGAUCAGAGUUCUCAAUCAUCGAGGCCACAGUCGCCGACAUUCAACGCGCCUUCGCCGACGGCCGGCUGACUUCGCGGCAGCUGGUCGACUUCUACAUUGACCGGAUCGAGAGCCUGAAUCCCCUGCUUCGCGGCGUACUGGAAAUCAACCCAGACGCGCGAGAUCAGGCGGAGAUAGCGGACAGAGAGAGGAGGGAUGAGGCAAAUUGUGGCCGUGGGUCGUCGUUGGGAGAGCUUCACGGCGUGCCGGUGUUGAUUAAGGAAAGCAUAGCGACGAAGGACAAGAUGAACACGACGGCGGGGUCGUACGCACUGCUGGGAUCGGAGGUGGCGAGGGAUGCGACGGUGGUGGAGAGGUUGAGAAGCGCAGGGGCUGUGAUAUUGGGGAAGGCUAGUCUUACCGAGUGGUACGGUAUUCGCUCUCCGCUCAUUCCCAAUGGUUGGUGUGCCAGAGGGGGACAGGCCGUGAACCCUUAUGUUGAGUCGGGGGACCCAUGUGGAUCAAGUAGUGGGUCCGCCAUAUCAGUUGCAGCAAACAUGGUGGCAGUGUCUGUGGGAACUGAAACUGAUGCCUCCAUCAUCUGCCCAGCCAAUCACAACUCCGUCGUCGGAAUCAAACCCACCGUUGGCCUCACCAGCCGCGCUGGC